AAGAGAAAUAUGAACUCAUAACAAGAAACCUUCAGGAAGUAUUGGGGGAGGAAGAAAUUUUAAAUAUUUUAAAGGAAAGAGAUUUAAAACUCUACUGGGGCACAGCUCCUACCGGAAAGCCACAUAUUGGUUAUUUUGUUCCAAUGUCAAAAAUUGCUGACUUUCUAUCCGCUGGAGUUGAGGUCGUUAUUCUUUUAGCUGAUAUUCAUGCGUUUCUUGACAAUAUGAAAGCUCCUUUGGAUCUUGUAAAACAUCGAACAAAAUAUUAUGAAGUGCUUAUUAAAACUGUUCUUGAAUCAAUUGGUGUACCUAUCGAAAAAUUGAAAUUUGUUGUUGGUUCUACCUACCAACUUUCUACUGAAUAUAGCAUGGAUAAUUACAGAUUGUGUGCUACGGUAACUGAACAUGAUGCAAAAAAAGCUGGUGCUGAGGUGGUCAAGCAAGUCGAAUCUCCCUUAUUAUCAGGGUUGUUAUACCCAGGAUUACAAGCAUUGGAUGAAGAAUAUUUAAAAGUUGAUGCUCAAUUUGGUGGUGUUGACCAAAGAAAAAUUUUCGUAUUUGCUGAAAAAUACUUGCCUCAUCUUGGAUAUAAAAAGCGUGCUCAUCUUAUGAAUCCUAUGGUUCCCGGUCUUGCUGGUUCAAAAAUGUCUUCCUCUGAUCCUGAUUCAAAGAUUGAUCUUCUUGAUGAUGAGGCUACAGUAACACGUAAAUUGAAAAAAGCUUUUUGUGAGGAGGGUAAUGUGACCGAUAAUGGUAUUCUUUCCUUUAUAAAAUCGGUCUUGUUUCCACUUGGUUCGCUUAAUGGUCAAACUCCAAAAUUCAUUAUUAAUCGUCCUGAAAAAUUUGGUGGUCAAGUUGUCUAUACGGAUUAUCAAUCAUUAGAAGAUGAUUUUCGUGAUAAAAAAGUUCAUCCUGGCGAUUUAAAAAGCGCGGCUACAAAUGCUAUUAAUAAAUUAUUGGAUCCUAUUAGGAAAAGGUGGGCAUCUGAUCCUGAACUACCAAAGUUAACCAGCCAAGCAUAUCCAGAGCCAGGUAGCAAAAUAACAAAAAAGAAAGAAUCAAAGAAACAUAACCAACCACCUCCUAAAGUUCCUAAAACUCCUACUGAAUUGCCUGUGGAUAUUUCAAGGAUCGGUGAUUAUUUUAAAAUUUAUGCAGAAAAUCAUCCGAAAAAUGCCAAAUCUUAUGUAUCAACUGUUGAUGUUGGUGACGCAUCUGGUAACCCACGAACUGUAGUUUCAGGUCUUGCUGCUCAUAUUCCAUUGGAACAACUCCAAGGUCGUUAUGUUGUUGCUGUAUGUAAUCUAAAACCUGCAAAAUUGCAAGGCAUUGAAUCUCAAGCCAUGCUUCUCGCUGCUUCUUCGCCAGAUGGCAGUCAAAUUGAAUUGUUAGAUCCACCUACGGAAUCUGAUAUUGGUGAACAAGUUAUUUGGAAAGGAUAUGAGCCUGCAAAAAGGGAUGCUGAAAUAUUAAAUCCUAAACAUAAAGUAUUUGAUCAAGUUGCUGAAUGGCUUCGAGUAAAUGAAGAGGGUGUGGCUUUAUACAAAGAUGUUCCUUUUGAGACUAGCAAAGGUGUUGUGACAGUGAAAACUUUAAAAGAAGGCACUAUUCGAUAG